UUAAUUUACUGCAACACAAACGAUUCCAAACCAAUCAGUCGGGAGCGAAUUUUCCAACUUAAAGCAUUUAAAUUACUUGCAGUAGUCAUGCAGAAGACACUGCUACUAAUUGCUGCUUGCCUGGCCCUAGCCUGGGCCGCAGAGCCACAACUCUUGCGAGUGCCGUUAACCAAAUUCCAGUCUGUGCGCCGGCAUUUUGCUGAUGUCGGCACCGAGUUGCAUCAAUUGCGCAUUAAAUAUGGCGCCGGUGAUUCACCCGAACCACUCUCUAAUUACCUGGAUGCCCAAUACUACGGCCCCAUAUCGAUUGGCACACCACCUCAGAAUUUCAAGGUUGUCUUCGAUACGGGCUCCUCUAAUCUCUGGGUGCCAUCCAAAAAAUGUCACCUGACCAACAUUGCUUGCCUGAUGCACAAUAAAUACGAUGCCAGCAAGUCGUCGACAUACAACAAAAAUGGUACUUCAUUCGACAUACACUAUGGCUCGGGCAGUCUCUCGGGUUACCUAUCCACCGAUACAGUCAACAUUGCCGGCUUGGACAUCAAGGGUCAGACAUUCGCCGAAGCACUGAGUGAACCUGGUUUGGUCUUUGUCGCCGCUAAAUUCGACGGUAUCCUUGGAUUGGGCUACAGUUCGAUAUCGGUGGAUGGUGUUAAGCCACCAUUCUACAACAUGUUCGAGCAGAGCUUAAUCGCACAGCCGGUGUUUUCAUUCUACUUAAAUCGUGAUCCUAAGGCACCCGAAGGAGGCGAAAUCAUUUUCGGUGGCUCCGAUCCCAAGCAUUAUACUGGCGACUUCACAUAUUUGCCUGUUACACGCAAGGGCUACUGGCAAAUCAAAAUGGAUUCCGCUCAGAUAAACAAUGUGGAGCUGUGCAAAGGUGGCUGCCAGGUGAUUGCCGAUACGGGCACCUCGCUAAUUGCCGCACCUGCUGCCGAGGCUACAUCAAUCAAUCAGGCUAUUGGUGGCACCCCCAUUGUGGGCGGACAGUACGUCGUCUCCUGUGACAUGAUACCCAAUUUGCCGGUCAUUAAAUUCGUGCUAGGUGGCAAGACCUUUGAGCUGGAGGGCAAGGAUUACAUUUUGCGAAUUGCCCAAAUGGGCAAAACUAUUUGCCUGUCCGGCUUCAUGGGCAUGGAUAUACCACCACCAAAUGGUCCCCUCUGGAUUCUGGGCGAUGUCUUCAUUGGCAAAUACUAUACUGAGUUCGACAUGGGCAACGAUCGUGUUGGCUUUGCCGAUGCCAAGUAGAGCUGUGUCUGAAAUAAUCAGUUUUUUCCUAUUCAUUUAUAUAUACUUACGUCCUAAUGCAAAAGGCA